AUUGCCGGAUGAGAAUUGCGAGGCACCCAACUUAAACUUGAUGCUAGUUUUGCACGUGAAUUUCCGUUCACGUUCGCAAGUCAUUUGAAGAAACAGUAAAACUUCGCGAUGAUGAUUUCACAGACGACUCGACUCCUCCUCCUUCCUUUACGGAAACAGCUUACUUGCACGGUUCGUGCAUCAGCAGUAGUGAUCCCAGUAAAAUCGUAUCACACUCCAGCGUUUUCAUCUAUUUUCAUCAGCCAGAGCAGAGUAUCAAAGCUUAUCGUCAAAGAUUUCAAUGUGAAAUUUUGUAGUUCAAGACAGCUGAGCCUUUCGUCUUAUUCAAGGAAUGGGGCACCACUGGGUGGAAUUUCAUCUGCAGCUGCAGUAACAACCACCAGCUCUUCAGAAUUCAUUGAUAUACCUGCUCCUCCAGUGCCAACAUCAACAACAUUAGAGACACUGUCAGAUGCAGUUUCCUCAAGUAGUUUAGCAGAGCCCGCUUUUACAGAAAUCGGGUUGGGAGGAAUGUCCCCAAGUGGUCUGAUCCAGAGUAUUUUGGAAUGGUUACAUAUUGGUGUGGACCUCCCUUGGUGGGGUUGCAUUGCCAUAGGAGUCUUUACUGUCCGUACACUCAUGUUUCCCCUGGUAAUUAAAGCCCAGAGAAAUGCAGCCAAAAUGACAAACAACAUGCCACAACUGCAAGUCCUUCAGCAAAAAAUGACUGAUGCCAGACAGGCAGGAAAUGCCAUGGAAGCUGCACGGAUGGGUUAUGAGAUCCAAAGUUUUAUGAAAGAGAAAGGACUCAAUCCCUUAAAAAAUCUAAUGGUGCCUCUUAUUCAGGCACCAGUAUUUAUGAGUUUUUUCUUUGCCUUAAAAGGCAUGGCCAAUGCUCCAGUAGAGAGCAUGCAGUACGGAGGAUUGUUUUGGUUUUCAGAUCUUACAGUCUGUGAUCCUUAUUACAUACUCCCUAUGCUAACAAGCGUUACAGUGUGGGCUACAAUGGAGUUGGGAGCGGAUUCCGCCAAACUCUCGUCUCAAGGCUUUCCCCUGUUAAUUUAUUUCUUCCGAGCCAUCCCAUUCAUUAUGUUCCCCAUCACGAUGAAUUUCUCUGGAGCUAUUCUGUGCUAUUGGUUGACCACUAAUGUCAUUUCACUCGUUCAAGUCGGUUUCCUUCGCCUUCCCAAAGUCCGGAGCUAUUUCGAUAUCGAUCCGAUAGUUGUUGUUCAGCCAGUUAAAGGGGCCGGACCCAAAAAAGGAUUCGUGGAGGGAAUGAAAGAAGCUUGGAAUAAUCAGAAAAUCACCGCUGAACUUAACGAUCGCCAGCGUCUUAUUGAUUCAAAUUUCAGACGUGCGGGUACUGGUCCAAUUCAGAAAACUUAUUCCUACAAUCCAACAGCAGCACCGAAAGCACAGGAACUAGUCCAGAAAGGUUUCAAACAAACGAAGAAAUCCGUGUAGUUUGAAUUGUUUGAGCGAAACAAUAUUUGAAUAGCUAUUGAACUUGUUUAUAGUAGACUCUUUGCAAUACAACACAUUCGACACCCGGUAGCGAAUGAAUGACCAUCAAA